UUAGGUUUAGGUGUGUGUGAUUGUAUAAAAAAAGAAAGCGAUCAAAAAUAGGAAAUGUCGUCAGACAGACAUUGUUUUUAGUCCAAACCACCAAACUGAACGUGCUUCUGUUUCGGGCUUUGUGUAUGUAUGAAAAGGAAAGUUGAAUCCUAGAACAAAGCCCACCCACCAUCACCGUCGUCGUCGUCGUCAUCAUCAAUCCAGUCAAACUUGUCUUUUUCCGUCAGUCAGUCUCUCUCUAUCUGUAUCUAUAUCUCAUGCUCUUCAAUUCACAGAUUCAGGUGAUUAUUUAUGCUCCUCAAGAUGUUGUAAAUUAGUUUACGUCUGGAGAAGUGGUUUGUUUCAACAAUGAUGGAUUCUUGCAAUUGCAUCGAGCCACAAUGGCCGGCUGAUGAAUUGCUGAUGAAGUAUCAGUAUAUAUCAGAUUUCUUUAUUGCUCUUGCAUAUUUCUCCAUUCCGUUGGAGUUGAUAUACUUUGUUAAAAAGUCGGCCGUUUUUCCCUAUAGAUGGGUACUUGUUCAGUUUGGUGCUUUUAUUGUACUGUGUGGAGCUACACAUCUAAUUAACUUAUGGACAUUUAAUGUGCAUACAAGAACAGUAGCUAUUGUAAUGACCACUGCUAAAGUUUUGACUGCGGCAGUGUCGUGUGCAACUGCACUUAUGUUAGUACACAUUAUACCUGAUUUACUUAGUGUGAAAACUAGAGAGUUAUUUUUGAAAAAUAAGGCUGCUGAACUGGAUCGUGAAAUGGGUAUUAUUCGUACACAAGAAGAAACUGGUCGACAUGUUAGAAUGCUAACCCAUGAAAUUAGAAGCACUCUUAACAGACAUACUAUAUUAAAGACGACACUUGUUGAAUUGGGGAGAACAUUGGGCUUAGAAGAGUGUGCUCUUUGGAUGCCAACUCGUAGUGGUUUAGAGCUUCAACUCUCUUAUACUCUUCGCCAUCAAAAUCCAGUUGGUUUUACGGUUCCGAUUCAGUCUCCUGCAAUCAAUCAAGUUUUUAGUACUAACCGUGCUGUUAAGAUAUCUCCUAAUAGUCCUGUUGCUAGACUUCGCCCAGCUUCUGGCAAAUAUAUGCUUGGGGAGGUUGUUGCUGUGAGGGUCCCGCUUUUACAUCUCAGUAAUUUUCAGAUUUAUGACUGGCCAGAACUAACAACAAAACGUUAUGCAUUGAUGGUUUUAAUGCUUCCUUCGGAUAGUGCAAGGCAAUGGCAUGUUCAUGAGUUGGAGCUUGUUGAAGUGGUCGCUGAUCAGGUUGCUGUCGCUCUUUCACAUGCUGCAAUCUUAGAAGAGUCUAUGAGGGCCCGGGACUUGCUUAUGGAGCAAAAUGUGGCCCUUGAUCUUGCAAGAAGAGAAGCUGAAACUGCUGUUCGAGCACGUAAUGAUUUUCUUGCUGUUAUGAACCAUGAAAUGAGAACUCCAAUGCAUGCAAUUAUUGCACUUUCGUCAUUACUACAAGAAACUGAUUUGACACCAGAGCAAAGGCUCAUGGUUGAGACCAUCCUCAAGAGCAGUAACUUGCUUGCCACACUAAUUAAUGAUGUAUUGGAUCUUUCGAGGCUAGAAGAUGGUAGCCUUGAACUUGAUACUGCAACUUUUAACCUUCAUGCUCUCUUCAAGGAGGUUCUAAACUUGAUUCGGCCAGUUGCAUCAGUCAAAAGGUUGUUUGUUACAUUGAGCCUUUCUUCGGAUUUGCCAGAAUACGCCAUUGGUGACGAGAAGAGACUUAUGCAAAUAAUUCUAAAUAUCGUUGGGAAUGCGGUGAAAUUUUCAAAAGAAGGCAGCAUAUCGAUUUCUGCUGUCAUGGCAAAACCAGAUUCUUUAAGGGAUCCUCGAUCUCCUGAUUUUUUUCCAAUCCCUGGUGAUAAUAGUUUUUAUAUGCGUGUUCAGGUGAAAGACACAGGAAUCGGAAUUAGCCAACAAGACAUCCCUAAGCUUUUUACGAAAUUUGCAGAAAACCAAUCAGCAACAAGUAGAAAUCCAGGUGGCAGUGGACUUGGCCUUGCCAUUUGUAAAAGAUUUGUGAAUCUUAUGGAAGGUAAUAUAUGGGUUGAAAGUGAAGGUGUUGGCAAGGGAUCUACUGCAAUCUUUUAUGUCAAACUCGGAUAUACUGCACGUUUAAAUGAAUCCAGACUCCCUCAUAUGAGACUUCCGGCAAAACUUGGGCAGACAAGUUUUUCAGGACUCAAAGUAUUAGUCAUCGAUGACAACGGUGUUAGCAGAACAGCUACCAGGGGGCUUCUGAUGCACCUUGGAUGUGAUGUGACCACGGUUAGCUCAGGUGAAGACUGCUUACAAGUCAUCACCAAAGAACACAAGGUUGUUUUCAUGGACGUCUCGUUACCUGGUUCCGACAGUUACAAUGUUGCAAGACUUUUGCAGGAAAAGUUCCCAAAACGCCAUGAAAAACCACUGAUAGUAGCCCUUACCGGCCACACAGACAAGUCAGCAAAAGAAAGCCUGUUGAGAGUUGGAAUGGAUGGAGUUAUACUGAAACCUGUUUCAGUGGAGAAGAUGAGAGUUGCUUUAUCUGAGCUUUUAGAGCAUAAAAAGGUUCUACAUGACACAUAGUAACCAUUAAUUACUCACACUAAGAGGGAGGAUUUUUGGGAUUGUACAUAUUGCAACUCCAUUUGGUAUAUACUAUGUAUGUGUUAUUACCACAAUAUGAUAGAGAAUGGUUGUAAUGUUGUUUGAAGUGAGCUUUAACAUAGUUGAACGGUACCUGAAUUGUUGCAUAAAAUUGCAAGCAAAAAUACUUGACUC